ACGCAAAGCUGAGCGCGUGACUGCCGUGACGACGCUGCGUUGAGCGGACGCCGCACGCAGGAGUAAGAGCGGCGGGAGACGCGCAGUCGCAUCGCAUCGCAUCGUCGGACACGGCGGCCUCCUCUUCAGCGUCCGUGUUCGGCGGCAGGAGCGGACCUGGUUGAGCGCGCCCGUGUUGACGGUGCAUCAUCAUGGAGAGUUCGGCCAAAGAGAAGGAAGCGCUGCAGCUCAUGGCUGAAGCCGACAAGAAGAUCAAGUCGUCCGGCUCCUUUCUGGGAGGGAUGUUCGGGGGAGCUCACAAGGUAGAAGAAGCCUGUGAUAUGUAUGCAAGAGCAGCCAAUAUGUUUAAGAUGGCCAAAAACUGGAAUGCUGCUGGAAACGCCUUCUGCCAGGUGGCCAAGAUCCACAUGCAGCUGCAGCACAAGCAUGACUCCGCCUCCAGCUUCGUGGAUGCAGGGAAUGCCUACAAGAAGGUUAACCCACAAGAGGCUAUCAACUGCUUAAAUGCUGCAAUCGAUAUAUAUACAGACAUGGGAAGGUUCACUAUUGCUGCAAGGCAUCAUAUCACUAUAGCGGAGGUGUAUGAGUCUGAACUGUUGGAUAUUGAAAAGGCAAUUGCACACUACGAACAAGCAGCAGACUACUACAAAGGAGAAGACUCUAAGAGCUCUGCCAGCAAGUGUCUGGUGAAAGUUGGUUUUUAUUGCGCCCAGCUGGAGCAGUACCAAAAGGCCAUCGAAAUUUACGAACAGUGUGGAACCAAUAGCAUGGAUGACCCUCUGAUGAAACACAAUGCAAAAGAGUACUUCUUCAAGGCUGCACUCUGCCACUUUAUUGUAGAUGAAUUGAAUGCAAAGCUCGCCCUGCAGAAAUACGAAGAAAUGUUUCCGGCUUUUUCUGACUCGCGAGAAUGCAAGCUGUUAAAGAAACUUCUGGAAGCCCAUGAAGAGCAUAACAGUGAGGCUUUUACUGAGGCUGUGAAAGAGUACGACUCGUUGUCCCGCAUCGACCAGUGGCUGACCACCAUGCUGCUGCGCAUCAAGAAGACCAUCCAAGGCGAUGAAGGCGACUUGAAGUGAAGAGGGUUUCCUUAACCCACCUUUAUUUUUCUCAGCUUAUGUCGUGUAUUUCCAGAGCAAAUAGCCGACUCUCCGAGCCAUCAGUGUUCAUCGGUGUGCUGUAGCCAUAAGUCAUAUUUUUCUCUCUACCUUUUUUCUAUUUUAAAUGUGGGAUGUCACAUUAUUGUGCGUAUUUUCAUGAAUGGAUACCUGCUCUAUGCACCGCGUGAACAUUACAGAGACGAUUGCUCUGCUGCUUCCGCACCGUUCCGCACAUUGUGACACGCGGCGGUGAAGACGGAGGUGCGAGGAGAAGACGGACCCUUCGGAAGGCCGACUGUAGCCGAAGAUGUCGCCGAAGGCCGAAAAGCGUUGACGCCACAGCAGCGGUGUGUCGGAGACAUUAUGGUUAGAUGUUAAGUUGUCCUUCGAGAAGCCGUGUGAGUAGGAUUUAUAAAAGCCCUGUGUGUGUGUGUGUGUGUGUGUGUGUGUGUGUGUGUGUGUGUGUGUGCGAGAUGUUAGCAAAUUACUCAGACAUUCCGCUGGCGCAAAGCCAUCCGUUAAGGUUAACCGCCAUUUUCGGCUUCUCGGCAGGAGUCGUUCGUUAUAUUUUGGCAGCAGCGUAACGAGCGGCACGCACGGGGUACGAGCGCCUGCGUGUCGACGCCACGGAGAGUAGGCAGUUCAGCUUCUGUAAUUGCCGCAGCGAUCUUAUAGCCGUGAUCUCCCGCGGCCGACGGCGCCGAUCUUAAUGGCAUCGGCACUAAGUCAAAACUGCCUUUAUUGAGCUUCCGUUUCCAUUCUCUCUCACGAUGAAAUGGGAUCAAACCAUUCCUAAAUUUUCCAUUCCAAUUAAAUAACCUUUCUAAGGGCUUUUCGGAAAGUUUCAGCACUAUCUCAUAAAUAUAUAUAUAUCUAAAAAUGUGUUUAGUUUUCAUAGUCUUGUCAACAUUCCAGAACACUGGUAAAUAUUCUGAGUGACAUUUGGUACAUUUAUCCUUUCUGUGGUAAUUAUACAAGUUAUAUAAUGUGAAUUUAUUAUUAAUAAGCUGAGUGGAAAUCAUGCCGCGUGCUGUGAUGCAGUUGUUUUGUCUACAGGGUUGUGUUUAUUUUAACGUAUUGCGGCGUCAGUGUGUGGUACAGUAAGAGUAAAUAGCGGUAAAUGUGAUGUGAAAUUUGUUCCCUCCCACAAGUGUCUUAUUAGAUACUGCAUAUUGCACAAGAAAUAUUCAUUAGUAGAGAACACCAUUUAGCCGUUAUCCUUUUAAUCUAUAUUAUAAAGCACCUUUAUCUUCAUCUGACUGCAGUAGUUGUGCAGUCCUUGCUCUGCUGUUUUAUUUUAUUUGUUAUUGUAGGUUAUAUCGCACAAAUCUGAUCAGGUCUUUGGUCUAUUAGCACAUUUUUAAGGGAAGAAUGUGCACUCAGGUUUAACGGCGUUUGACUCUUCCGGCUCCACAUAUCUCAUUUUUAUCAACGCAAGGAGUGCGUUGCUGCCGUCGAAGCGUUAAUGAGAAGAAAUAUUGUCACAUUAAAUGUUUGUGGACUUUUAAUGCCGACAAAGGAACGGUCGGCUUCCGGCCGUUCCACGUCUGGCGAAGUUUUAUUCCAGGUGUGCCGUCUCGUACUUACAGAUGUAUUUGUGCCAAAGUGUGCAAUAAACUUGCAGAAGUGUGAGAAAG